UUUCAUAAAUGGUUGUACAUUGAAUAUGCAAACGUACAGUGCCUCGUCCAAUGGUAUUUGAAUGUUUAAACGUUGUUUUUGACUACAAAACGGAAGUAGAAUUUUUUGGAGUUUAGGUUAUCAACAUGGCCAACCUUUCGGAGGAAACUAUUGCAGAAUUUAAAGAAGCUUUUGGUUUGUUUGACAAAGACAAAAAUGGCCAGAUUACGAGUGCGGAGCUAGGAACAGUAAUGAGAUCUUUAGGGCAAAAUCCAACAAAUGCUGAUAUUACAGAAAUGAUACAAGAAGUAGAUAGUGACGGUAGUGGAACAAUUAAUUUUGACGAGUUUAAAAAAAUGAUGGGAAAAAAGAUGGAGAAUAGUGAUCCAGUAGAAGAUCUCAGAGAAGCUUUUAAAAUUUUUGACAAAAACAAUGAUGGCAAAAUAGAUCCUAAUGAGCUUAAAAAGGUGAUGGUCAAUAUUGGUGAAAAAUUGACAGAUGAAGAAGCUAAUGAGAUGAUUAAAGAGGCAGAUGUGGACGGAGAUGGAAAGGUCAAUUAUGAAGAGUUUGUUACGAUGAUGACAAAAAAGGAUAAAUAGUUGUGUGUACAGACAAUGAUAGUGACAUAGUACAUUCACGUUUUGCUGCUACAAGUAAAACGUUUCCUGUAGUUGUAUUUACUAAAUGCUGAUAGAUUCUAAAUGGAAAACCAAGAAAACUGUUAAUUAGAUAGCAUUAAAUAAAAUUGAUUUUAUUACUCAAAAAGACA